GCGAGCCGUCGCUUGCGGGAACGGUCGCAGAGCCAAAGUCAGCGUGCCUGCUCCUCGGCUUUAUCGAGCUGCUUGCAGGCACGUACGUGCUGCUGGUGACGAACCGGCAGCUCGUGGGCGCGUUCAAGGGCGCGCACGUGUUCCGAGCCACUGCCUUCGAUAUAGUGCCGUGCUGCUCCAAGGACUCCCUCACGCCCAAGCAGAAAGCGGACGAGGAGGAGUAUCUCGUUCGCCUACGCUCCGCCCUGUCAGCUCACGGCCUCUUCUUCUCCUAUGGCGCUGACAUCACCACCAGCUUACAGAGGGAGGCUCUAGCUGAACCUGCCGGGCUGAAGCCCCUGUGGAAGCAGGUGGAUGAUCGUUUCUUCUGGAACCUACAUCUGCAGCAGCGAGCCAUAAGCUUCCCCGAG